CAGGGAUUGAUUCCACAUGUCGGCCGCACGUCCGAGCGUGGGAGAUGGUGCCGAGACCGCCGCUGGUGCUUCGGAAGCAAGUCCAAGGGGAGUUGUCAGCCCUUCCAGUGGAGGUGUGGUAGCGGCCGCGUCGUCCACAGCCUUGAACGUCCGUGUGACUGUACGGUACCCAGCACCAGCGAACGCCAAAGUUCCAGACAUUCUUGCUCUGUUUCGCAGCGCGACGUGGGUGAAUGUCAUGAUCCGGUACAUCGUGCCAUACCUGAAGACGUCGACACCGGCAAACCGAGAUAUCGUGACGAAUCUGCCGCACCAUGCUUGCUGUGGCGGAGAAGACUGUGUCAUAUGCAUGAGUUCCAUGCAAGAUGCAGUCACCUUGCCAUGUGGACACCACUUCCACGCAGACUGCAUUGAUGCGUGGCUGCGUCUUCGAAGUACCUGUCCCACAUGUCGCCACCAAAUUCAGAACGCGUUCUCGGGGCGGUAUGCGUUCAAGGGCAUCAAUACGGCGCUGGUGAUUGACGACCUGGACCCAUCCAUCUCGGUGGACGCGCUGCAACGACUGGAACUUGGCGGUCGCGUGCUCAAAGCGGUGGUGCGCAUCGCAAUGGUCCGUGUGACGCAUGUGCCUGAGCUGGAAAAGUUUCCGUGCGAGCUGAACGCAAUGGUGAUGACAGGGUCACACGCAAUGGUGCAGCACCUUCACCGACCUCCUUCGGCAACAACCGCGGACACUGCUCUCACAUCCUCAGCGACAACAACAGUCCCACCGACGCCAACUCUGCGCCGGCAGUCAUCUAGGAGUCGCGUGCGGCCGGCGUCCUCCGUAGCCUUGCCAGUGGUCAAACGGCGCCGCCUCGUUCGAUAAACGAACCGCCUUUGUAAACAUCCUUAUUUAAUUGCUUUCAAUACAACAUGGAAGUGAAGUAUAAUUUUUCC